AUGGUUGCGGCGGUUCGACCCGUCGUGGUGGCCUUUAUCUUUGCCCUCAUUUGCUCUGCUUUGAGAUUUGGUGACUACGAAAUCCUACAGGGAACCUACGUGGCACCGCAACAAGCGGAGAAAGAGGAAAGCUGCAAGAAGGACCUUGCGUGGAUUUGCCAGUGUGGUCAGAAGAAUGCCCCCAAAGCUCUCUAUUGUCUCUACUGCGGAGAGCACUAUACGGCAGUAGACUGGAAGCGAGAUCGAUCGAAGUCUCAAAAGCGGAAAGAGCAAGAUCCUUUUACGCCUCCGCCCAGGAAGGAAGCCAAGAGCAAGGGGAGAUCGCAGACCACGCCAGCAUUGCCACCCUCGCCGAGACUACCACCACCGCCUGCUCCUCCAGGUGGGGUAGAAAGCAAUGCCGCCACAGUGGAUAUUCAGCAACACCUGGCAGCUAUCAGAAGCUACUAUGGGACUGCAGCAACUUCGAGCUUGGCAAAGGAGAUUCAAACCCUGGAGCAGAGAGGAGAAUCGAGUCCUCGCCUGACACAUGGGCAUCUUUCCAAACUUGGGAAGGCCCAAAAGCAGGUGGAGCUCUGCAAACAGGAAGUGCAAAAAGUCGACAAAGACUGGCAGGCCUUUGCAUUAAAAGCGAAGAACAGCAUGCAAGAGCGAUGGGCAGUUUAUCAACGGGACAGAGAGAAGGCCAAAGCUGCACUUGUCGAGGCAGCAGAGAAUUUGAGUUUGCUGAGGACGCAGGUGAAGCAUGUAGCUUCUGCACUAAGGACAAAUAUCAGUGUGGAAGACGAGGGGGAUGCAAUUCCCACUCUCGAGGAGAUGCAGAAGAUGCUUGGCAAGAUCGAGGAAUCGGAGCUCAUAGACGACGACGAAAUGCAAGAAGAAAUGGAGGAAGAGAUGAUUGCAGACAAAACUGCAGAACCAGCAGUUGCUCUGAGGGCAUUUCGAAGAGCCAUUCCUCGACCGGGCAAAGCUACAAGUGCUGCAUCGCCUCCCAAGGGAGUCAGGCAGACUCAUUUGAAGCAGGCUGUGGAGAAGAAGGAAAAAGGGGAAAAGGCAGAUGUAGAUCCAGCAGAGGCCAAGUGA